AUGAAUCUGAGGGAACACCGAAACAAUAAUCAAAGUUUCUUGUGGGUCAAAUCAUACAGAUCAGGUUUCUUCAUAAACAAGGAAUCACGAAUUCCAAUUCUGCCAGAUUCCUUUAGAAUCCAUGAACCAAACACGGUCUUUGAUUCAAUCACAGCGGGAGAGACGUUGUCGGUGCAAAAUUACCAAAAUACAACAAAUAGAAGCGUUAAACUGAAUGCAUUAAUACCCUUCAACAGAUGUCGUUAUGAGGUUUUUAUUAAAGAGUAUUUUAGUUUUUGGUGGGAUAUACAGAUUGAGAGUUUCCCAAUGAAGACUGCUUAUGAGGAAGCUACAUUGUUGAAGUCCGGUGCCUGGAGGCUGAUUGCAGACAUUAUUCUAAUAAAAGGAUUUGUAAUGAACGGGAAUAUAAAUUAA